CGCGCCGCACUCUGCACGUCCGUCCGCGCGCGCGGGCCAUGGUCGCGAGAACCGAUGAGAGCAUGUUCGGGUGCUAUGGUGACAGCUACUCGUACCGCCUGUGGAGCCUGGCCAACGUGUGGGGCGCCUGCCGAUGUGAGUAGCGCGCCUGACGGACGCGUCCACGUGUAUCCGAGGAUACCGAAACUGGGACUUUUACCGCUGACGUCAGCGGAGGCUGUGAAAUCUCCGUGUAGUAGUACGUCGUAGAUGCGAUCGCGGCGCAGUGUCAUCGUCGACGUCGCAAAGUGCGCGCCGCGGUAGAGAUAGCCGCGAUAGUGAGGUGUAAACGAGGUGUCACUCGAUGAAAGUGCAGAGCUCGCUUAUGGGAGUUGGCGGUUGGUACGAAUGCUUGGCGGCCGGUUGGCUUGCGGACAUGAGGAGUAAGCAGGUCCCCACGUCCACCACCUCGGCCAGGCGGCUCGCGGCCUUAAUCCGGCCACUGGCGGGCGGUGGUGCGGAGGGCAAGCCGGCCGAGGAGGAGGAGGAGCGCGGCGGCUCCCCGCUCGGCCCCGGCGGACCCUUCGCCUGCAGCCAGUGUCGUGGCCAGUACCCCACGCGGGAGCAGCUAGAGCGACACGAGACGCUGCACUCGCCCAGCACACAGGUCCAUACACUCAAAUAUUCAUGCAAGAUCUGCCACAAGAGCUUCGCGAACGUGUACCGCCUGCAGCGGCACAUGAUCAGCCACGACGAGAGUGCGCUGCUGCGCAAAUUCAAGUGCAAUGACUGCGACAAGGCGUUCAAGUUCAAACACCACCUCAAGGAGCACCUCCGCAUACACAGCGGCGAGAAGCCCUUCGAGUGCGCCAACUGUGGGAAGAAGUUUUCUCACUCAGGGUCGUAUUCCAGCCACAUGACCUCCAAGAAGUGUCUCGUCAUGAAUAUAAAAAUGGGUAGAAUAAAGCCUACCAACCCGGCACUCAACCCCGAAAGAAGUCCGUCAAGAAAGCGUACCAGCGCGAUGGUUGCUUCCCAACUAAACAAUAAUAUACCACCAAAUGGAAAUUCUUUCCUACCAAUCCUGCCCAAGUACAACGAAGCCGCUGCCUUUUUUGCUUCGAUAUCAUCCCAGGAUAACAAUUUUCAUCGGGCACCUUUAGCGCAAACUGGGAUGAAUCCGUUUUACAUGCCACCUGGGAUGCCGAUGAGUCCAGCGAGCGGAAUUACUCCUUAUAGUUUUCCGGCAUCUUUGAGCCAGCUUUUCGAGCAAUUAGCUUCAUCGCAGUAUCAGCAAAGGAAAAUGGAUAGUACUUUAAAUCAAAAGCAUGGUAGUCUUCCUCUCGAAAACCCAGAAGAUUUGAUCGAAGAAGUAACGGAAGAUGACAAGCGAUCCGAAGGUAGUGCCGAGCUGGUCAUGGACAUCGAGGACGAAGAAAUCACCUCGGUGAAGAGGGAGCAGGAGGAUCGAGAACCUGAACUGCGAUCUCUUUCACGUAAUUAUGAUUCCGUCCCUCUGAAUAAUAAUGGAUCGGAAGAUGACAUUAAACCUCCAAUUUUUAAUACGAUUUUAGAAUCUGUAAACGCGUCUGUCACUAAACAAUUUUUUAGAGUAAAUAUGGAAAAAUUGUCCCCUGUGUCAGGAAACGUAUGUCCUAGUAUAGAAUCGCCUCCACCUUCACACGUGAUCGUCAAAGAAGAUCCAGACGAUGUUCACAGAUGCAUGCAAUGUAAUGCUACGUUCAGCAACAAAAGUGAACUGCUGGAUCAUGAAAAGGUUUUAUGUGGAAGUUUGUUUAGAAAACAUGAAGGGUUACCUGCGCAAAUAGCAGAAACGGUAGCUCUCAAUAGGUUAGAAGCUGAAAUGCGCGCGUCGAUUCAAAGUGGAGUCAGCGCGAGUGAAGACGAGGAUUACACUCGGGAAGAGCGCGAAGACAAAAUGUCAUUGCAUGACAAUGAUCGGAAGAUAAGAGUCCGCACCGCUCUCAGUGAGGAGCAGCAAGUGGUGCUCAAACAACAUUACUCGGAGAAUCCGCGGCCCAACCGUGACGAGUUCAAAAAAAUAGCUCAACUGAUUGGUCUUGAUAACAGAGUAGUGCAGGUUUGGUUCCAAAACAACAGAGCAAGAGAACGCAGAAUGACACAGUCAGUGCCCAUUUCCGAUCAGCCAUUGGAUCUGUCUACAAAAAAAACGAACGCAUCUAUAACAUCUAGUCCGUCUCCUUCACCACCGUGCAACAUUUCUGUUACACAUUCCGACUCAGAGGAAGCGGUCAACUUGAGCCAAAAAUCCUCACGAAGCACAACGCCACAUCGUACCAACUACGUCAACACGUACCCACAUUCCAACUGCUCAUCUUCAUCCUUUACCGACUUCCGGCUGUCGCCGUCGCCUGGGGAGACAAUUAACGGUCAUAAGAGAUUAUUAUCUCAGAAAAUGUCCAUCAACCCAGUGAUGCCGAUGGAGAAGCUUCUCCAAUACAACGACAUGUCACAUGCACGAUCUCCGUUAGUUAACAUGCACAUGUCAUCUGACAUCAAUCGACAAGAAUCUAGUCCGUCGUAUGAGCGCCACCCUUGGGGAGAGGAAAUUCAGACACAGAACGAAUUCGACGAUGACGCCUCAGUACUUAAAAGGAGCAAACUAAAGCCGGGGGCAGAGUUCAAGGAAGGAGAGGGACAGUUCGUCUGCGAUCAAUGCGACAAAACCUUCGUCAAACAAAGCUCCCUCGCAAGACACAAAUAUGAACAUUCAGGACAGCGACCGUACAAAUGCAUGGAGUGUCCAAAGGCAUUCAAGCACAAGCACCACCUGACGGAACACAAGCGGCUGCACACCGGCGAGAAGCCCUUCCAAUGCUGCAAGUGUCUGAAGAAGUUCUCCCACUCCGGCUCCUACUCGCAACACAUGAACCACCGCUUCGCCAUCUGCAAGCCCUACAGGGACUAGGCGCGCCGCGCGCCCCGUGCCGCUGCUGCACUCACACUGUACUCGGCAACUCCUUCACCUACAGUAUAAUGGUAAAUACACAACGAAUACAAUACUGUUACCAUUUAGAAAUUUACCUCAUAGAAUGUUAUAAGAUAAACUUUAUAUUAAUUCUGCAUAAUAACUCACGAUAAUUAAAGUAUUAUCGCUCGGUAUUUUCAUUUCGACGUAAGGUUUUCAUUGCUCAACAUCAUAACAUUGUACCGUAGAACGUAGUUAUGAUUUACCUAUUUAUAUUUUUGUAUAUGUAGUGCCAAAAAUAUACCAAAGAGAUGUGCCAUGUAACAUACCAAAAAUAUUAUACUCGUUUAUUUUUAAAUAUUAAUAAUUUAAUGAGCUGAUUUCCAAAGGCCAGUACCUGUAACAUAAUACUCAUGAAUAGUAAGUUUUAUUAUACAUAAUAUUAUUAUUUUUAUACACCAGACAAACAAAUACCGACUCUCAUGUAAUUACUUAGAUACUACAUACAUGUAUAAAUUAAGAAGCGAAGUCUGGACGACUAUCGAGCCUUGACUAAGUACUACAGAUACAAUCGUACUAGACCUAUUAUGAUGACAAUAUUCUAGUGAUAAAAAUAACUCUACCUUUGUGUAAUUCUUCCGUUUAUGUGACAAUAUACGUAUAACAAAGUACAUCGCCAAAGUUCGUAAAUGCUUUAAGCCUGUAUUGACUCUACGUAAAUGUUAAUGUCGGUCAGUAUUUCACUAACAACCAGUAUAGCAGGAGGGCACCACAAAGGAUUGCCAUUUCGACGUAGCUAUCCUCUGUUACUCAAUCUUAAAUUAUUAAGUAGUUAAUAAGCUUUCAUCUUUAAUACAUAUUAAGUGUUUAGAUAGAUUCAAUCUUUACUUAAGUUACAAGCAUUCCAUAAUACUCCUAUGGGAUCUCUGCUGUGUUUAAUUAACGAUUAGAUUAGUCCAAAAAAUAUAGGAUUACGACUACAUGUACAUAAUUGAUAUUGUAAAUAUUGUAAAGACGCGCUUGUAAAUACGACGGCUUGCAAGGGGCGCGGGCACGCGCGGCCGGCGCCGGCGCCGGGCCCGGCUGCGGCCGCGUCGCACGCGCACACGUAUUGUGACAAUAAGUACAGCUGUUUACCUACGAACCGCAUUAAAUCUAAUAUUUUUCAAAUUACUAAUGCAUAAAUGUAUGUAAUAUUAAAAUUUGAUCAUACAGUGUCAAAAAUCUAAUGAUAUUGUUAGUUACAAACAAGUUUUCAAACAAGUUCAAUGUCACUAUUUUCUUAAUUUCACAUUGUUUAGUCUCUAUCGCUCUAUUAUAUUUUAUUAUAUUAUUUAUUGCAUCAAUGUACUUAAAUAUAGUUCGGUGUACAAUAAGUUUGUAUCAGUCAACAUCAUAUUGACCUGACCGUGUGUCACAUCACAACGAAGUAGAUACUUAUACUUAAUAAUAAUAAAUUAUAAACGGAUGACAAGUACAUUCAAGAUGCGAAUGCUCAUCCUGUCAGCAGUAAAUUAGAACUGAAAGUUCCUAAAGCAAAAAUACAUUAAGAUAUACUUACAAGUUACGGAUUAUUUCUCUAUUUUAUACUGUAAGUAGAUAAAGUUAAUUUUGUGGGUUUCUAAGCAACGAAUUAUAUUAAUUACUUAUUGCAAACCGUACAUUAUCUUGUAAGGGUUUAAUAAGAAUGUAUCUACUGGCUCCUGCAUGAAGCAGCACCGCACCAUACCCGAUGCAGCACGCGCCACCGGGCCGUGUCGCCGUACUCCGGUGCGACUCCACAAACAUCCACAAAUUAUACAUUUAUUCUUAUUGUAACCUAUCUGUAAAUUAAACAUAUUUAUUGGAUUAAGCGAGUCUGUUUAAACUAUUUCAUAUUUUAUUAUAAUUUAAAUGUGUAUAUUAUGUAAGUGACUUCCAAAUUAUCGGCGGUGGGCUAGAUAAACCAAAGAUUACUUAGUUUAUGAUAUGAUGUGGAAAUUGUAAUAUAUAUUGAUCCCAUCAUUAGUUACUUUAGUUUUAGUUUUGUGCCAAAAAUAAUUUUAAGGCUUAAAAUAAAUUUUAUAUGAAAAUGAUUUUAUUUUGUACAAGAAGACGGCAAUUUGUACGUACUACGGCAUUGUUUAGUUACUGGUGCAAUGUUGACAUUGCGAGAGUAUUGAUCCUCCGUGUAAUGUAGCUGUAGGUUAGUGUAAGCCAAAUGUGAAUUCCUAUUGCCAUAAUAAUACGUGUUUGUUGUAUCGCGCGCCGCCCCCGCCGUGCGCGCGCGUCACAGGUUGCUGAUCAUUUGUUAAGUAAGUAACACUAGAUUGUUAAAUCUACCCAUAGAUUAACAUGUGUUAAAAUAUUGCCUAUAUAAAUUAUAAUAGUAAUUCAUUUUACUUGAUAUUAUAAUGUAUAUUAUUGAAUUUAUGAAUAUUAAAAAUAUAUAUUGACAUUUCAAUGCGAA